AUGUUUCUGAAGAACUAUCGGGAUUCCAUCCAUAGCGAUGCCAAUGAUAGGGAGGCACUCAUGAAUGAUAAGCAAUCCGAAUACCUGCAUGAAUCAGUAACAUUCGGUGCCAGAGAGUAUCACCAGCUCCGGAAAAUCAUCAUCAUUCAAUAUAUCAUUAUAGUCUCCCUAUUAGUCUUCGCAAUUGGAGCUGGUAUUGCAGUGUGGAUGGGUCCUGGACUAGGAAUACCUGAUAUGGUUUACUCUCCAGCUCAAGACGUCAUCAGAUACAAGAACGUCGUCUUCAACUCCGGCUGGGGAGAUCAAAUGUCCAUCUACAUGGGCCCACCAUCGGAAGAGAACAAUAAAGCGUGGGAUAAUCUCCAUGUUUCGCCGGCGAUGGUCAAGAUUCCUGCGAGCGACGCAGCGAAAUUGGUUAAUGAGACUGUCCCGAUUCCUGGGGAUUCGGGGUACAGUUCAGGAUACUAUCUGAUUGGACUUGAUGAUAUGCUCCGUAAAGUACUCUGGGGGGUCGAUAUGCAUGACACCAAUGACGAGGAGGCUAUGCAUCACCUAGACCACUGUAUUGAAAUGAUACGUCAAAGUCUCAUGUGUUCAGCCGAUAUCACCGUCGAUGUGUGGGAGUGGAAUGAAGAAAAACAGAUGGUCACUGUGAGGGCGGACAAUAUGCACACUUGUCGGGACUUUGAGGCUAUUCGGCAGUGGGCGCUCGAGAGACCGGCAGGAGAAUUUGAUCGGACGAUACAUCUGCUUGAUUCUUAA